CACUAAUGAAAUCGACGGCUAAUAAUAAACAGCCUGAGUAAUGAGUGGUCGCAGCAGCAGCAGCCGCCGGCCCGAGCAGGCGAGGCGGCCGGAGCCGGGCAGCCGCAGGGAGCGGUCUCCGCAGGGCCCGUGGACGGGGCUGGCUAUGAGUUCCUGCCCCGAAGAGCAGUUCUGGGACCCCCUGCUGAACACCUGUGUCUCCUGCAAACCCAUGUGCAGCCACCGGAGCCAGCGCACCUGUGCGGCCUUCUGCAAGUCGCUCAGCUGCCACAAGGAGCCAGGCAGAUACUACGACCCCCUGCUGCGGGACUGCGUCAGCUGCGUCUCCGUGUGCGGCCAGCACCCCAAGCCGUGCGCCCACUUCUGUGACGGCCGGAUCCGGGGCCGAGGGGGCCUCUCGCCCGAGCUCAGGCAGCAGCAGGAUGGGGAGUCGGAGGCCAGGGCGGACAGCACGGGAAGGUACCAGGGAUCCGAGCACAGAGGCUUGGAGGCCGCUCCAGCGCCGCUGGUGCCCAGGCUGAGCGCGCACCAGCUGGCCCUGGUCUACAGCACGCUGGGGGUCUGCCUGUGCGCCAUCAUCUGCUGCUUCUUGGUGGCCGUGGCCUGCUUCCUCAAGAGGAGGGGCGACCAGGUUUCCUGCCAGCCCCCGGCAGGGAGACCCCGGGCCAAGCCUUCCCAAGAUCCCGCGAUGGAAGCCGGCCCCGCAACAUGCGCGCCGCCCGGCCCGGUGGAGACCUGCAGCUUCUGUUUCCCCGAGCGCAGGGCGCCCACUCAGGAGAGCUCAGCCACGCCCGAGACGCCCCGGCCCGCGGUCGCUGAGAGCCUGGGGCGCUGCCCCGGGACCGCCGCCCCGCGGUCGUGCGCGCGCGCCCCGGACGGCGGCCUCGGCCCGCUGUGCGCGCCCGCCCAGGAGGGGAGCCUGGGCGUUUGAGGGGAGGGGAAGGGAGCGAGGAGGAAGGGCCGCCUGGGUCCCGGUGCGAGCGACGUUACUCACCCAAAGUGCCCAGUAAUAAAAUCGCUUGUACCUGCUG